GAGAAGGUCUGGUCCAGGUGUACACAAGACCAGCUGGCGAGACUCUCUGUCACCAGGACUAAACACGCUCUAACACAACCUACCAGGGACAAAUACCGUCUCUGUAUGGCAUCUUGAUACAUAAGUUAAUAGUGAUCAGCGUCCAAGAGUCGUAGAGCUGAGAAAUAUGGAUCCCGUGGCAGGACUGUUGAUCAUGUCCAUUGCAAUGUUCAUGGGGUGUUAUGGCUCUGGGUAUAUACCUCUCAAGAUGCCCAUGUCUGAGGAUCGCCUGGAGAUGAUGACAACACUAGGUGCAGGUUUACUUGUAGGAACAGCACUGGCAGUCAUUAUACCAGAAGGAGUCAACACAUUAUUCAGCAUGCCACAUGUCCACAAAGUCAGUCCGAGUGAGCCCCAUGAUGAAGUUGCCCACGAAGAGAGCUCUCAAAUGGAGCCUCACGUUCUCAUUGGUCCAUCUCUCCUCUUUGGCUUCCUUUUUAUGCUUCUCAUUGACCGGUUUUCAGGAGGACACCGGGCACCAGCCGAUGCAGAGAGUAACGGCAGUGGUAGGAGCAGUAGGCCUUUCACAGCCACACUUGGUCUGGUGGUACAUGCAGCAGCUGAUGGCAUUGCUCUGGGCGCAGCUGCUGCUUCCUCACAGACGGACGUUGAGAUGAUCGUCUUCUUUGCAAUAAUGCUCCAUAAGGCCCCAGCUGCAUUUGGCCUUGUCACCUUCCUCAUGCAUGCUGGUCUGGAUAAAAAUAAGAUCCACCGACACCUUAUAAUAUUUGCACUUGCUGCUCCAAUUGGCACUGUAUUAACAUACAGCGGCAUUAUGCAGAGUGGCACAGCAUCUUUAUCUUCAUCUCGGAGUACGGGUAUUGCUCUGUUAUUCAGCGCUGGCACCUUCAUUUAUGUAUCUAUUGUUCACGUCCUGCCGGAAUUGUCAAGCCACAGCCACGAUGUUGGAGGAGGAGGAGGCAUCGACCACCUCUCCCGCACGCAGUUAUUCUUCCUCAUCGUUGGUUUUCUUCUCCCGCUUGUCCUUAGCAUUGAACACCACCAUUAGUAAAAGGUGGCAACAGUAGCAUAAAGCUCAUUGCCACCUGCUCAUCUGAUUUCAUCGUGUUUAGCUUUGUCUGCGCUAAACCGUCUUCUUGUGAUAUAAUAUUGUUUAAACAGGUUUCCAUUUUGGGAAUAUAAUGUUGGGAACUCUUUCAUCUUAUGUUGAUUAAGAACAGUAACUCACUGGGGGGAAGUGAACCACUCGACUGUUGGUUUGUUAAGUACGAGCAGCUCACACUCAUACAUAUUUUGUAUUUCCAGUGUAUUAUUGUGUAUCUUGGGUGUAAUAUAGGGGUGUACUUCUCAUGGGAAUUAGUUUACUUAUUUUUAAAGUACUGGCAUAGUUAAAAGUUCACAGAGAAGUAACUUAAGUAACUGGUGUAUGUAGCCAGGUGAGGUCCCAGCCCUAAAGUAACUGGUGUAGGUAGGUUAGGUCUCAGCACAUAGUAAGUUAAGUCACCUAGAAGACACAGGCACAUAAGCCUUGUAUAUGCAACUCUUGCCAGAGCAGAGUCCUGAUGAUCCAAACUUUUUAUUUUAUAUACAUUUCCAUGUCAAGUGGGUAGUGGAACCUAAGGACACAAAAUGAUCAAACUUAUCAAAGGUCGUUGUUGUGGAUAAUCAGGAUUUUAAUGCAACAGGUCUUAAAGAGUAGAAUUAUUGUUAACACAGAUCAUAUCUGUCUAUAAAUUAACAAGUCAGUCUGUAACUCUUGGUUGUGUACAAGAUAUUGUAUUCUUAUUGUAUACAAUUUAGUUCAACUGUAUGAAACCGAUACACUUUAUAAUGAAAUUGCAAAAUGAGUCUCCUUUAACACCAUUUAAUGUGCUUCUUGGGGGGUGUGUGUGUGUGUGUGUGUGUGUGUGUGUGUGUGUGUGUGCGCGCGCGCACGCGUGCGCUUGUGUGCGCGCAUGCGUGUGUGUGUGUGUGUGAAUUGACAUAUGAAAAUAAAGGCACAGGUUGAAAAAUAUCCAAAAGAACAUACAUGGUACAAUAGUAAAUUGGGGGAGAGAAGGAUAAGCAUAUAUAUUUAAUGCAGAUUUAGUACAAAAAAGGAAAGUUGAAGGGAAUAUUCAAGACAUCUACAAAUUUUUGAUAAUGUUUCUUAAUGGUUGAAAUAGAGUUGUUCAUUUAGCAGUCAUGUAGAGAGAGUGUAUGUGUGUGUGUGUGUACAUGCAUUGGUGUACAUAUGGUGUAGUCACAAGUGUGUUUAUAUACAUGUAUUGUAAAUCAGUGAUGAACAAUAUCUACACUUCUUUUAGCAUUUGAUAAGUUAUUGCCGUGAAGGCACACGACCCAUUGUAACAAAAAUAUGUUUUUAAGUUGUCCCUUUCACGGUCUGACUUUCAUACCAUAUAAAUUAUUUAUUAACGCUUCAGGAAGCAAUAUUAGUAUUGCAGGCUUCUUUACUCCACAGAGAGUACCAGUACUGUACUGUACUUCAAUAACAGCAUUCCAAUGAUUUUACCAGUGUAACAGAAAAUGUACCAAAAUGUAGACAUCCUAGGUAAGAUAUUAAACUUUGUGCUAAGACAUGAUCAAAAUAUUGUUUACAAAAUUAAAUUUUUGUGUUUUAUGUCUUUCGAAGCAGCAAAAACAACCAGUAGGGUGUGUGCUGUAGACAGUAUACAAUAUGCUAGUCAUUGGCUUUCAAUUAGAAUUUUGAUAUUUUUAUGAUACACGCAGUAUUGACUUGAGUUCUCUUACUCAGAGAAUAUUGUUACAUGUGGGUCAUUAUUGUAAUGAUAAAGAUUUUGUGAGGGAUAUUAGUUAAAGAUGAAUUAUAAAUGAUGUAUUAUGUGUAUUUUCUAUGGUAGCUCUAGAUUUAAUAAUAUUUAAUUUUCAUGACAACCUUAAUUGUAUCGACAUAUGACAUGACUGUCAUGUAUGUCUGACACAUUUUCUCUCAAGUUUUAUGUGUAUCCUCUCUUCUACCUUUAUAUUUUAUUACCUUCAUUUUAUUACCUUCAACCUUACUCAAUUUCUUUCAACUUAUCAAACUCAAUUGUGUUCCUUUCUUUCAUUUUUGGUACCACCUUAGUCUUUCAAUUAAUUUUUGUAUUUAUAUCACCACAUUUGAUUUCCUCAUCCCUCCUAUAUGAACUCUGAUAAUGAUACAUCCUCACAGAAUUCAUCUCAUUCUACCACUGUUAUGUUGCAUAGACUAGCACACAUGAACUAGCUUGGAACAUGUGCAAUACAGUGGCCUUUCAUCUUUAGGAUAACUUCCAUGAGAAAAAGGUUAGGCAGACUGGUACUGUCAUUGUGCAUGUUGUGUGUGAGUCUGUCAGUGGAAGCUAAUCAAAAAUUUGUUCUGACAACGAGUCUAAAAUUUUGGGUGGUUCAACUUGAUAUAAUUUUUACUUUUUUGUGCUUUUUUCUCAUUGGAAUCCUGAGUAAUCACAGACUCACUUCAUUCUUUCAGUCAUAUUUCAGUAACAAAUGUUUUCUUCAAUGGUAUAAUCCCUCCAAAACAAGGCCCCAAAAUACCUUCCUGGUCUACACGUCACUGCACACAACCGAACAUCACCACCCUUCACCAGGCAUGAUAAUUACCCCUCAGAGAUAUGUAACUUAUAUAGUACAGUAUGUACAGUAGCUAAAACAAUUAUCUGUGCAGGUGGGGGUGACUAGUGACAGCCCUCAUAUACCAAAAUUUAUCGUCCAUGGUCUCAUAUUGUUUCCCACAAAAUGUGCCCAGAUAGUUGUUUUAGCUACUGUACAUGUUAAAUAUUUAAGGUCGCUGGUCAAGGUCACUGUAUCCAACAAACUGACCAGGCAAUUUGCGUAUUUUGUGGCCAUUAUUUUGUAUUUGUCAUUGAGACCUCUCGUGUGACAUGGCUAUAAUGUUGAAAUAUUUAACAGAGUGCUUGGUGUGUCAGUUGUAAGAGCAGAUAUCUGAAAUAAGUAAUUGGAAAUUAUUAUUUUUACUGUAGCAUGGGUGAAAAUGAUGGAUGAUUGGUGUACAUGUUAAUAAUUAAUUCAGAUGGUUGAUAUGGAUGAAGAAAUGUGUCGAUAAUUUCAGACGGGUGAUCGGUAGAAAACGUAAUCAAUCAAAUGGAUAAUUAUGUAAUUCUGUUCAUGUCAUCAUUGUAUUGUAUCCAUCUUAUAUUUUUAAUUUUUUGGCACAUAAUCAAAUGCAGCAUCUUGUUAUAUAUUUUCUAUAAAUUUA